UCCUGAGAGAAGAAGCAGCUGUCGAGAUGUGUAUUGUUUUCAUUAUGGAGACUUUUCUAAUAAAGCUAAUGUGGAAGAGGUGGGAAGAAAGAUUGGUUUGAGGUAUUAUUUGGUGGUGGAUAGUGUUGGCCUUCGAGGUGAGUUAGCUCUUCUUUGGAGUGAUGAAGCUCAUGUUCACUUGGAGGUAGAUGAAUUAGCUUGCGGUUCACUACAUUUUAUGGUUACCCUGAUCGUAGUAGAUGAAGAAAGUCAUGGGAAUCACUUAAACCAUUGGGCCUUGAGUGUCACCUUCCUUGACCGGUAAUGGGGGUUCAAUGAUCCAAUGUACUCCAGUGACAAGAAGGGGUGAGUGCCCCAUCCGUCAUGGUUGUUGAGUGGCGUGAGGCUGUAUGGGUUGUGGGCUAUCAACUUUUCCUUUUCACAUGUACUAUGCAUCAGUUUACACGGCAACGAAGGUGAGACUCUCUGGAGUGGGUAGAGGAAAAGUUGGACUAGAUUUUGGUAUUCAAAGUUGGUUAGAAAAAUUCGAGUAAGAGUGCAAAUGAAUCAAGCCGCUCGGUCAAAACUCGACUCAAGUUCUAUCGGAAUCGAACCAAGCUUGAGUUGGCUCGGUAAGCAAAUGAGUCGAGCUUGAUAUCAAAUCCUUUGAGCUCGUGAUCACAAAGGAGUUAGUAUAUGGGCGAAGGUGCAGAUUUGGAGAUUUGGUUAAACAUAUUUCGUUUUGUAUGGAGAUGUUAGAAUAUCUUAGACAAUGCUCUCGUGCAUGGGGAUGGCAAAGUUUGGGAGGG